UCUCUCUCGAGAAGAAUGGUGAAAGGUGGUACAAAGAGGAAGGCAACGAUGGAGAGGAUCACGAAACGCGAAUCUGCGGCAACGACUUUCACGAAACGAAGCUACGGUCUCCAUAGCAAAGUCUCGCAGCUCUGUCUUCUCACCGACGCACAGAUCGCCGUGUUGGCAACACCUCCUUCUUCCCACUCCAACGUCAGCUUCUUCUCCUUCGGCCACUCUUCGGUUGACUCCAUCGUUACCGCUUUUCUCACGGGAGAGAGACCUGCUGUCCGAGAAGAAAUAGAGGAUCACGAGGACCUUGGGAUUUGUCUCGCUAGAAAAGAGUUAGGGUUGCCUCAGUGGUGGGAUGACGAUGCUCUUCUCAAAUCUAAGAAUCCCCAAGAACUGUCCCUUGCCAUCAACUCCAUGUCUAGGUUGUUGACUAAAAUCAAUGAGUUGCGUGCUGAAGACGCAGAGGAAGAGCCUCCUCUGAAGAAACAGAAGAAGAAGAAGAACGAGGAGACAAUGAAGAAAACAGAACCCACGGUGGAACAAACCCUAGUUCUCCCGUCCGGUUCCAGUGACAGAACCCUAGAUUACAACAACAACAACAAUGACUCGUUGGAGGAGAUUGAUUUUGAUCAACUAAUUGAUCUGGAUUUAGAUUUAGAUUUUGAUUUCGAGUCUAUGAAUUCUUCUGACAACAACGACGAGACCAUGAAGAUGACAGAGCCCUUGGAUCAACCGCUCCUUCUCCCAUACGAUAUUUGUGCCAGUCCAGACAACAACAACACCUAUUCAACUGGAGAGAUGAGCUUAGAUUACGGGAUUGAUAAGCAGCUUCAGGAGACUACUAUUGCAAUGAGCUCGGUGGCUUGUGAUGAUGGUGUCUCUGCUUUGAAUGAAGAUGACAUCAACUUCUCUGAUUAUCUCACUCAGUUUCUGCAGUCUUGAAGAUAACAACAGUAUAUGGUUUAUUAGUUAACUUCUCUGUAACUUGUUUGUCUUGGUUACUUUUUAACGUGUUUCACACUGAUGUAUGUAACAAAUGAAGGGUCUUGUUUGAUCUCUCAUCAAUUUUCCAUAUCGGUAUGGAAUUGAUUAGACUCAAACCGCUCACCUUCAGUUUUCGGAUUAAUGGUAGACUUUGUGUUCUGUGUUAUA